AUAUGCCUGUCCGAGAGAGAGGGAGACACGGCUGAGCUGUCACGCCCACCUCACCCACUGUUGACACCGCCGUUGCCUGGCGCCCGGCUGGCCUGCGUGUCCAGACUCGCCCCCUGGCAGUGACUUCCCCUCACGCGGCUCGCCGGCCGCACUGUCGUCCAGGAUGGAGUCUGAGCUGGAGCUGGAGGCCGAGUCCCACGCCCGCACCCUGCUGGACAGCGCCUGCGCCCUCAGAGGCCAACGGCUACUGUGUGAUGUCACGCUGGACGCCCAGGGCCAGACCUUCCCAGCACACAAGCUCAUCCUGGCUUCGGCCAGCGGCUACUGCCGGGUCCUGUUUGUGGGGAGAUCUGGGCCGCCGGACGACGGCGUGGUCAAGCUCAAGGACGUGAGCGCACGGGGCCUCGGCCUCCUCCUGGACUUCAUCUACACAGGUAAAGUGCGCCUCAGCCUCGCCACCAUCGAAGACACGUUGAGGGCCGCCCAGACGCUGCUGGUCCGGGACGCCAUCAGGCUCUGCCUGCAGUUCCUCGACGAGACCCUCGGCCCGGAGAACUGCCUCGAGGUGCUCCGAAUCGCCCAGAAGCUCGGCCCCGGCGAACUGCGCCAGAAGGCGGCCUCUUGCCUGGCCAGGUCGGCACUGUCCCUGCCACGGGACCCCGAGUGGCUGCUGCGGCUGGACGGGGACACGCUGUGCGAGACCCUGAGGGCCGGCAACCUGCCAGCCCACACCGAGCUCGAGCUCUUCCAGUACGCCGUGGCCUGGCUGAGCCGUGAGGCGGGCCGGAAGAAGGACGCGUGCCACGUCCUCGGGCACAUCCGCUUCCCCCUGAUCCCCAUGGAGGAGCUGCGGGCACAUGUCCAGGAGGCGCCCGUCAUGAAGACCGACUCGGAGUGCUUCAGGCUGGUGCAGGAGGCCCUGAGCUACCACUGCCAGCCAUACGCCCAGCCCGCCCUCCAGUCCCCCCGCACUCAGGUCCGAUCAGACGUCCAGCAUCUGCUCGUGUUGGGGGGCCGCACAGGGGACGGCGAUGGCGUGUGUGGCCACAUGUGGGUGGCAGAGAGUGGCGGUUCAGAGUGGAGGAAGCUGGGAGAGCUGGGCAGGCCCGUCUACAACCACUGCGUAGCUGUACUGGGGGGCUUUGUCUUCAUCAUCGGUGGUCAAUACAGUUUUGAUGCGGCAGGGAGACAGCCGACCAAUGAGGUCUUCCGCUUUGAUCCCAGGAAUGGCUCCUGGCUGCAGGUUUCCGGGAUGCUGCACAAGAGGACGCGAUUCCACGCCGAGGCCCUGGCAGACAGCAUAUUCGCCGUGGCCGGUGGCACCCUGCUGGGCACACUCACCAACACGGUGGAGGAGUAUCAGCCCAUGGAGAACAAGUGGAACCUCUGUGCCCCCUUCCCAGUGGCUGUGGCAGACCAUGCCGGGGCCAGCCAUAAGGGCAUCCUGUACAUUUCAGGGGGUUUCUCUGCGGGCAAAGUCCUCAAUGAGCUGCAUAGUUACUUGCCCCGGUUGAAGAGAUGGGUGGUCAACAGUCCAAUGGCGUGUGCCCGCUGUGACCAUGGCAUGGCAGCACUGCAUGACAGCAUCUUCUGUGUGGGCGGCCGGACGUUAAACUCACUGCAGGACUGGGUCCAUGUCAACGAGACCGAGUGCUACUGCCCGCUGGCUGAUCAGUGGACCACCCUGACUGUGUCGCCCUUCGAGUGCUGCCAGUUCAGUGUUGGCACAUGUGGCAGCAGGAUGUUCCUAGUCGGGGGAGCCUCGCUGCGCCACAGACUCAAGAAAGAUGGCGUCUUCAUCUAUGACAGCCUGGAGAAGAAGUGGCAGAAGGCGGCAUCUCUGCCCCUGCCACUGAUUGACCACGCCGCAUGUGUGGUCAAGCUGGACAGUAGACUGCUGCGGGACUCAAUGGCUGGGGAAAAAGGCGACUCGGUGGUCAGCACCAAGAAGUCCACCCUGCAGCUGUUUGUGAGGGACAAAGGGGUCGAGUCCGGCAUACGGUGAGUCGGUCCUUUAGCGGACCCCUGUCUGUUGUGGAUGACCAGAAUAAAGAAGGUCAGAGGGA